GAUCCCAUAUAAAGAGCAGAGCACUCGCGCAUUCGCGUUCAGAAUUAUUCGUAGUCCCAAUGUCAAACAUGAAAAUCGCCGGAGCUUUGAUGCUGUUUUUUUGCCUGCUGGUUGCGGUUAAUGCCACACCGGGCAAAGUGUAUAUUAAUGGAAAGUGCAUCGACUGCAAUAAGCCCGAUAACGAUGAUAACAUUAUAAUGCCCCCUGAUCAUAUGACCGGUGGUUCUAUGUCGUACUCUCUCGCAUCUGGAGCAAUGACCUUUGGAAUUUUAUAUCAUUUAUUUAAUAUGAUGAAUGUGUAAUCAAUCUCUAAAUAAAACAAUGUUUUUGAAGAUUAA